AGGGAGUGUCCGGUCCGCACGCACAGACAGCAGGGAGCAUCUGCAGCAAGAGGACCUCUGGUAACAUUUCACUGCAUUGCUGAGAGUGACAUAUUACCAUUUAAAACUUUUUAAAAUUCUAGAAUAGCAUUGUAUCAAAGACAGCUAAAAUGGUAGAUCGCGAGCAGCUGGUGCAGAAAGCCAGGCUGGCCGAACAGGCUGAAAGAUAUGACGAUAUGGCAGCAGCCAUGAAAUCGGUGACAGAGUUGAACGAGGCCUUGUCCAAUGAGGAGAGGAACCUGCUCUCUGUGGCCUAUAAGAAUGUGGUGGGGGCACGGCGCUCGUCCUGGCGCGUCAUCUCCAGCAUCGAGCAGAAGACGUCGGCGGACGGCAAUGAGAAGAAGAUUGAGAUGGUGCGGGCAUACCGCGAGAAGAUCGAGAAGGAGCUGGAGACCGUGUGCCAAGACGUGCUCAACCUCCUGGACAACUUCCUGAUCAAGAACUGCAACGAGACACAGCAUGAGAGCAAGGUGUUUUACCUGAAGAUGAAGGGCGACUACUACCGCUACCUGGCCGAGGUGGCCACGGGCGAGAAGAGGGCCGGCGUGGUGGAAUCCUCUGAGAAGUCCUACAGCGAGGCCCAUGAGAUUAGCAAGGAGCAUAUGCAGCCCACCCACCCUAUCCGCCUGGGUCUGGCCCUCAACUACUCAGUGUUCUACUACGAGAUCCAGAAUGCACCUGAGCAGGCCUGCCACCUGGCCAAGACCGCCUUCGAUGACGCCAUCGCUGAGCUGGACACCCUGAACGAGGACUCCUACAAAGACUCUACCCUCAUCAUGCAGCUGCUACGAGACAACUUGACACUGUGGACCAGCGACCAGCAGGACGACGAGGGUGGCGAGACCAACAACUAGAGAGUCCCUAAAGAGAACCCCGUGUCCUGUUUCAGCCAAUACACACAACACGCCCGCGCGCUCACAAAUGACAACAAACUAAAAUAAAACAGUUCUUAGAAAUGUAAAAAUGUUGCUGGUGGAACAUUGGCAGCCACUUUUGCCGGUGAUGAUACUACCGCAGCUGCAGUUCUAUAUUUUUCCCACAAAUGUAAAAAAGUGAAGAAAACAAUGUAAUUAAAAAGAGGAGUAGGAAGGGGAGAUGAGUUUAUUUCUAGUAUAGUUAAAAAACAAAUAGAUAAUCCCCUUCCUCCUUGAUUGCCUCUGCAACUUUUGUCAAAACACCACUUGAAGAAGAAGAAGGUCUGCAGUCAGUCAGUCAGUCAGUCAGUCAGUGACUAGAGUGCGGCUGUUGCGUUAGAAAACACUGGCAUGGAGACUGGCAUGUUGUUAUGGCGUUAGCUAAAUGAAGUGGAGCUGCUUAUUUAACUUAUGUGGUAAGGGAGGAGGAGCAUUCCAAAUUGUAAGGGGUGAUCGAAGCUUGUGCAAAAAUAUAAUUAAUAUAUAGAAUAUAAAAAAAUAAAUAAUAAUAAUAAUACUUGAAUGUCAUCGCCUCGCAAAAAUAAAGAGUUGCAAAUAGUUUCCAGAGGGGAUGAAAGAGGUAUCAUACCUCUAGCUAGAUUCCUCAGACUUACCAACAUGGAAUCUAAAGGUGUGGCUCACCCUGUAAUGGUAAUCGUUGGGUGAAGCCAGGUACUCUUUUGUGGUUAUUGAACAUACAUAACCAAUGUUUUGUUCAACAUGAUGUCAGGAAUGGGUUUUGUACCCAGUCACACAGACUAAAGUACUGUGACUAAAGUAGGAGUAGAGUUAAAACACAGCCAGUACAACCCUCUCAUGCACUGAUAUGCUAUACAGACGUAAACAUUUUCAAGCACCUGGUUAUUAUUAUUAUUAUUAUUAUUAUUAUUAUUAUUAUUAUUAUUACUCACCCCUUACUGAGGUUGUCAAGGGUGAAAUAUUAUUAGAAUAUCAAAAUAUGCUAAUACAAUGAAAAUGAAAUCGCUAAAACUACCAACAAAAAUGAUCUUGUAGAGGAGAUCAUUUGAUAUUGUAAGGCAACAGAAUUUGCCCUAAAUUAAGGUAUAUAAAUAUACGUUUACCACAAUCCCUUAGAUCUCUGAAAUGACACACAGUUGACUGGAACCACACUCUCUAUCAGUGGACAAAAUACACAUUUUUGGACAGAGCACUGGCAAUAUAAAACGGAGGAUGAAUCUAAAAGCAUCUUUUGAGGUUUGUGGAUUAAAAUUUUGUGUUAACAUUUUUAAUUAUCAAGAAAUGCACUUGCCUAUCAUACUGUUUCUUCAGUGUAAAACGAUUACUGCUCCAAUAUUCUCGAUAAUAUAAUAUUGUGCAUGCUGGUGAUGUAUUUAUAUGCAGUAGCUUAACUAUUAUUAUUAACUUAUACUGUAGACAUUAUGUAUUCAUAUGAACAUGAAAUGACUAGACUUCAAUCUGAUUUAUUUUCUAUUUAUACUUUAUAUUGGAUUGUUGAAAUUUUAUUUUAAUCUGCGUUUUCUUUACUCCAUUUGCUGGAAGUACACUAUACCAAAACAGUGAUUGUUAACAUUAAAUUGAUCUGUAAUGGACAUUGCUAUAGUGACAUGCAAUUCGUGUAUUUGGUUUCUGCUAAACAAAAGGGGAGGGCUGGGAGGGUGAACAAAAAACGAAAAUAAACAAAACACCAGUGUUAGCUCGACCUUCGACAUUACCGUCUGGUGUUUUUGUCAUAGUGACAUAUAUAAUAAUCACAUUGUAAAAUACUUAAUUUAUUUAUCUGAAUGACCUUUCUGUUAGUGCUUUUAAUGUCACAUUAUGCAGUGAGAUAGACCACAUUGAACAGUGUUUAGUUUUUUAUCUUAUGUAGGAAUUCACUCAUGGACCAUUUAUUAUAGUUGAUUAUAAACUAUCUCCUGAUACCUUAAUUGUGAGUCAUGUAGCUAUUAGCACAACAGAAAAAUAAUAACAGUUUAUAAUGACAACAAUAAUACAAUUGUAAUUAAAAUAUUAGAAAUGCUUUUCUAACCACAUUUCAGUGCUGCUGUUGUUAGAUUCCUAUCAAUCGUACAGGUGUUUGGCCUUUUGAGAUUAGUUUCAGAUGGUUUUGGCUUAGUUUUUUUUUUACCAUGUUAGUCCUUCAGGAUUAUUCUGAAGGUGCUCCAUAGAUUGUCAUGGCAACAAUAUAAUGGACACUGUUUUACAGGCAGAUGUAGUAUUGUGAUGUUGUUGACUACAGUUAGAUAGGUAGGUAGCAAGGUAGGUCGAUACAUAGGUGGAUAGGUAGAAUUAUACACUGAUUGUACACUAAAUACGGUUGUACAUUUUAUAUAGUAAUAAUAUAAGAUUUAUUUUAAGGUGUGUAUAAUGUAUGUUGUGAACACCUCUGUUGCAUCUAUUGUCAGUGCAGUUGUACACUACCGUUCAAAAGUUUGGGGUCACUUAGAAAUGUCCUUGUUUUCGAAAGAAAAGCAUUUU